AUACUUUCAGAUGCCAAAACUGAAGGGUUGGCGCCGGUCACAGGCCGCAACCAGGCGACUCGCUCAGCGCGAGUUCCUGAUUGUUGGUCCACAAGGCCACAGUGAUGGCAUGCCUACAGGUGUGUAACAUUUUCUUUUAAAUGUAUCAUUUCUUCUUCACGUCACUAUAUUACUAACAAUUUCUUAUUUCUCUGUAUCUGUUUAUGUUUUACAAUAAUACAUGUCAAUGUUAUCUGUUCAAUAGGCACUGUUGGGACUGGUUAUCGUCAUCGCGUUAACCAGUGGCCAAUAUCUGUGUUGACUGGUCGGCAACACAAAUUGGUCAUUCCUCCUGAGGUUCCUGACAAGAAGGUAUGAUACUGACAUUAUUUUUUAACCUCACAACACAUAUUUCAGCUGAUACAGUAUUUAAUUAGUACUUCUCCCUUUUUCAUCCUAGUUUGUUCUUAUUGUCGGUGACUCUCACCUGCGCCCGUUUGUUGAUGGGGUUGUGCCAUUGCCUGAAGGACGGAUGUCCUUUGGGUUCAUGUCCACACCAGGAGCCUGCGCUGAUGGACUGAGGAUUGAGAUGGUGCAUGCUGCUGUGCCUCGCAAUCCUGACUUGGUCAUCGUCAUGGCUCCUAGCAACAACCUCACAACCCAAGGGUCUCUUGAGAAGUCGUCAACAGAUUUUGCAAAACUUCUCUCUACUGCCGUUGGACGGUGGUUCAAGGUGGGGCAAAGAUGUCAUUAACACAUUUUGUAGUAGCUCAAUUAGUAGUUAUGCUCUGUAAUAACUCUUGUGUUUUUUGUCCUUCUGGUGUGUUUGCUAUUUUUAUAGGUAAUUGUGUAUGACUUUCCACCUCGUCUGAACCACCCUUUACAUCACCAGGAGCUCCUGCGGCAGGAAUUCUGUCAAGUCGCAGCACGUAUGGGUAAGUUUUACAACACUUUAAUUCGCCUUCAUGACAAAAUUCUAAAUGACAAUGAUAUCAUCAUAAAACCAAUCAUAUAAAACAUCUACAAAAAACACAAACAAAUUACAUGUAUUUUUUAGAAUACAUUACAAAACUGCACAUUUUAUGGACAUGAUGAAAGAAUAAUUGUCUUUUCUGUUUGGAGUAAAAUACACACAUCUGUACUAAUGCUUAACUUUGUCUUACUUUACAUUAACAGGCAUUCAAUAUGUUUGCCCUGCUGCAGACGACUUCCCCCUGAGACGCCUCAAGCUGUGGUGCAGGGAUUCUGUUAGUACAAUCCCUACUCAUCUGAUGUUUCAUAUGGACCUCAUAAUAAAUACACAAAUUGUUGCAUUAUGCAAAUUUGUGAUCAUGACCAUUGUCUUGUCUUCUAUAUAGGUUCAUCUCAGUGAUGACGGUGGGUCGCCUAUUCUGGGGCAGCGUCUCUGGCAGGCGGCUUACACUGAACUGGAGAGAGGUGAUCCUGCAUCAGUGCUGUCAGUGUCGCGCAGGCGUCCCCCCCCCCUGAACACUGUCACACCAAAGGUGGUUGUGAGGGGAGAGGUGCCUGCACCUCAACCAUCCAGCCCCUUUGAGUGGACAGUGUGUGGAAAGGUUCACAAGGUAAACAUAUAAUUCCUGUGUGUGUAUAUACGUAUAGUAAAUGUAUUUAAUACAGUAUUGUUAAUUCUCAACUUACUUAUCACAGCAGAAUCUCUCUGGCAACGAGGUGGAGGACUCUGCUACAUGCACGCAGCAGGUUUGUCAUCCUUCAUAUCCUUCAACUAUCAUACAAAACCACUGUCAUCAAAAUUUCUGUGUGGAUGACACACAUUUUCCUUGAAAAGAAACCCUUUUCUAAAAUAUUACUUUUAUUUAUUCUAUAUAUUUUUUUCUCUCUCCUUCUCAUAUUAGUUGUCAACAGUUGGGUUGCAAGACUGUUUUCUGCGUCUCAACCCUAUCCAUUUCAGUGCACACCUGCUGGAUGCCAUGGAGAAGAUUUCCCCGUCACAGCUUCACAACCCUGUUCCACACGAUGAUGAGGUCAGUGAAAUGUCAAACUAUGGUAGCGCUUUUACUGUUCAUUCAUAAAAUGUUUUGUGUUGCACAACAAUGCUUAUAAGAAAUAUUUUUUCAUUCAGAUGCCACGUGUGGAACCACGCAGGACUGUGGUAGCAUCUCGGAGGAUCCCUACCAGGAAGCAGGUUUGUUUCUUCAUUAGCACACAUGGUGUAUUAAUAUGCAAGCACACAGAGCUAGGUUUGCAUCUAAACCAAGUUUAUCAUACUGAACUGAAAUAAUAACAAAGAAAUUUUACUUGGCCCUUAAUUUCAAAAAAUAUUUCUCUUUUAUUCAUACACAAAUAAGAUUUAGUAUUAUCAGUUAAUGGACUGCAUUCAUCAAAAGGCUUCUACUUUCAACUAUAAAAGUACACUUUUUUUACAAUUGGCCCUUUUUAUCAAUGACAAUAUAUUUAUGCACAAACUUUUGUGUGCAGGGAAGGACCUUGCGUGACCACAGCCCAGCUGAGCUGCAGACGACUGAGGUUCCUCCUGCUACAGAAGUCACUUCACCUGAGGUGGACUUGGAGAGGGUGGCAGAGGUCCAGACGUGCCCAGGCGUGGUGACGGUGAACACUGCCAUCCUGUCAGCACCCCAGCCAGAUGGAGGCAUCCAGGUGGAACAGGUAAGUAUGCGUAAACGUCCUCUUUCCCCCCCUCUUGUGUUUGGUGAUUUUGAUCGCUCACCUGUGCAGGUUAGCAGUGUGGAGACUGACGCAGUACAGUUUCUGUGCAGUCAGAUUGAGGGUGAGAUGUCUGACCUAGGUUGUGUAAGACACAGUGUCAUGGGAUCAUUUCACCAGGGGAGUGAUCUCUUUAGUAAUCCCGGACAACAGUGUAUGGCAAUUGGGCUGGCCAGCGUUGCCAAACACAGCGUGAAAAGCGUUUUCUCGUGGAGUGUGGCUGAUCUCGACACAGUUUUGCUCUGUGGGGAUCAACUGUACACAUAUCUGCGGGAUAAUGACAAAAUCAGUGGCGGGACUGAUUUUUUGUGUAUUCCUGAUUUGCCUGCUUCACACACAAUUGAUGGCAUGGAGUUUGACUUUGAGUAUGGUGAUUACAUGUCUGGACUCAUCAACCAGACUGAUGGGUCACCAAUCGCACCUGGGUUGACAACAUUACUGCAUAGUCUACAAAUUCUGUUUGCCAAAUAUGACACAUGCUUUUUGACAUUGCAUUGCAGCACAUGUGUUGUCAUUCGUGAGAAUAAUAUGUUUGCUGUUGUUGAUUCUCAUGCUCGAAACGCUUUGGGCCUGGUGGAUCCUGAUGGCAGAAGUGUUGUUGCAUAUUUUCAUAACUUGCAGGAACUGUAUACACAUGCAUUAGCCUUGGCUGCAUCACAGCAUGUAAGCAACCAGGCUUUUGAAGUUGCUGGUGUGCGUGCAAUCCCCAGAAUGUCAGCAAUUGAAAGUAUGUGUUUGCCAUCCAGCUCAAGAGUAAAUACUGAAAUACUGAGUAAAAUGAAGAGUGUGUAUGCAGAUGUACAUCAGGAAGUGUCACACUCCAAGCAGGGGUGUUCAUCCAGUACAUCAGUACAUAGGAAGAAGGUCUCGAAACAACAAAGCUUUGUGCAGGCUCCUGCUGCCAAGAAAGCAAAAACAAGCAUUUUUAGUGAUGAUGUAUUCAUUGUUACAGACACAAACAGCAAGAGUGCAGAUAGUAGAGAUGUUGUGUGCAUUGAUGAUGCAAUAAGCCAGAGUGACGAUGAUGUGGUGUGUGUUGGUAAUGGAGCCCAACAAGAUUUAGUGUUUCACCCUCUUCAGUUAGAUGUUGCAAAAGUUUUGUGCACAACUUUAGGAAUAGAAUGUCAGAAAGUUGAUGUGGAAGGAUUUGUAGCUGGCAUAUUAGGACCUCCGUGCAAGAAGCACCCAAUUGUCAGUGACGGCAAUUGCUUCUUCAGAGCUGUGAGUCAUGUUUUGUCUGGUAGUGAGAGGUUUCACAGGAAAGUCAGGUUAGCGAUUUGUAAACAUAUUGACUGUCAUCCUGGAUCAUAUGAGCAUAUUCUGAGACGUGAAUUUACCUCUGUCAAAGAAUAUCUCAACAUGUCCAGAAUGCGAUAUGUGGGUAGUUGGGCCACAGAGGUGGAGAUUCAGGCUGCAGCAGACUGUUUCGGGGUAAGCAUUUUUACCUACAUUGAUGGUCAAUGGCUUGAAUACAGCUGUCAAGGUCAACGGUUAUCAGAACAGGCAGUGUAUUUGGAGAACUGCAAUACCAGCCAUUAUGAGGUUGUCGUCUGUGUUCAACAACCUAAUGUGGACUGUGGUUGCUGUGAUUUCUGUAACAGUGGUGUUACACACAGUACUGACUAUGGUUUGAAGCAGGUGAGCAAAGCUGUGCCCUAUAACCUCAGGACAGGAAGUCAGCACUUCAGUCAUCAGAAUUUAAGUCCUUCACGUAAAGAAAAAAGAUUGACAAAAUAUCUUAAAAGGAAGAAGUUUUUGCAAAUGAAAAUUAACUACCACAGAGACUUCUUGGAUUACAAUAGACGUAACCAAAAUGUUAGGAAUACAUAUAAGCACAAUCUGUUGUAUCAACAGAAACUCAAGGAUUUGAGUAAAAGGAAAUACUUCGAAAAUUACGUACACAGACAAGAUGUUAUAGAGAGAAGCAAAAUUAAAUACAGGGACGAUAAAAAACACAGAGAAGAUGUUAAAAGCAGAAGCCAAAUUAAAUAUAGGGACAAUAAAAAACACAGAGAAGAUGUUAAAAACAGAAGCAUAAUUAAAUAUAGGGACAAUAAAAAACACAGAGAAGAUGUUAAAAGCAGAAGCCAAAUUAAAUAUAGGGACGAUAAAAAGUACCGACAAAUUCUAAAAGAGAGAAGCAGGGAAAUAAGUAAGGUUAAAUACAGAAAUGCUGCAUUUCAGCAGAAAAAUUUAGACUCAGUAAGGACAAAAUACCGCCAGGUUAACAAAAAGGUCCUUGCAUCUAAGAAACUUAAAAGAUUAGAAAGGAAGGCAAAGCUAGAACAGGUGGACUUG